UUUAGUGUUACUGGCAUUCUUCACUUUUUAUUUUUUAUUGUUGGCAAACCGAGUAUUUUAUUGUGAAAGGCUUUGCAGGAAGUGUGGGCCCUGUGUGGGAGUGUCCCAGUGUGCCAUAGUGAACAUAGUGAAUAUAGUGAACGCCUUGUAUGCGGUUUUCACAGCGAGACGGAGCUGAACCAACAGAAUCAGACGCACCGGUGACAGCAGCUCAUUCUCUCUCUUCUCUCUAACCGGCUGUUCUCUGGUUCUCUGGUUUACCGUUACCCGAGUCAUGGCUCCCCGCUCCCCGUGGUCGCUCUGUCUGCUGCUGGCGCUGCUGCUGCCUCUCCAAGUCCUCUCUCAGGACUUUGACCUGUCUGAUGCUCUGGGUGAUGAUGAGAGUAAACCAACGACCCCUGCUCCUAAGCCGCCCAAGCCAGCAGCACCAGGUGGAGGAACAGGAGGAGACUUGAGUCUGGAUGAUUUCUUUGACGUCGGCACCACCACCACGACCACCAAAGCCCCACCCAAGGUCGUGCCUAAAGCCCCCGCAGCUACCAAGGCCCCGCUCAAACCCAAACCCAAACCAGCUGCCGAUGACUUUGACCUGUCUGACGCCUUGGACCCCAACAAUGACAUUGGUGGCAAGGAUAAGAACAAGGGUCAGGGAGGUGCUGGACUUUCUGACGAUGAUCUGCGGGAUGUUGGUAAAGACGACACCUACAAACCCGACAAAGGCAAAGCAGGUGGACGUCCGACUGACGACGAUGAAAUGAAUCGACGAUCAAAUGACAACAACGGGGAGACCACAGCAGAAGUGGGCACCAUUGCAGGGAUUGUUAGUGCGGUUGCCAUGGCGCUGAUGGGCGCAAUCACCAGCUACGUCUCCUACCAGAAGAAGAAGCUGUGUUUCGGUAUACAACAGAGCCUGAAUACCGACAUGGUGAAGGCUGAGAACCCCGAGGCCGUGGUGGCUACAGAACCACAAGUCCAGCAGACUCUUCUGGAGCCGCCCAACGCUGAACCUCCCACUGAAGAGAAUGCUGUGUAACACACUUACACACCACACACACACUUACACACCACACCACACACGUUCUUUCCCAAACACCCCCCCACCUCUCCCUGCACACACACACAGCCAUGCUACAGGAUAGACCUCUAGUCUAUUGUGCAGCAUGUCCUCGUUGAUCCUGCAGCUCUGUGCUGUAACCGUCGGGGUGUUGCAGUCCGUCUGCGCUGAAUGUGAACCAGAUCGUUUUGUUAAUUCUCCGCUGUAAACAUGGCCGACAGUGUACUCGAACUUUGCCAAAAUGUAUGUGUAUAUAGUUAUUUAUUGUUUUCUGUUUGAACACCAUUAACAGUGUUGGUUUACAGUUAUCCAGCCUUCAGCAUGUUGUGAUUCCUCUGCUGUGAGCUGGGGCUUUAGUUGUAGCAUUUUGAGCUCCGGACACAGUGAAGGAAUAAUGGAAAGAAAAAUACAAAAAGCGGUUAAUCUUAUUAUACAUUGGAGGAAGAAACUCCUCUAUGGGUGUGUGUCGAGCUUCUUUGAGUUCACAGGUAGUCAGGCGGAUUAGUUUACUGGGUAACAAUUUAUUUACAGGUCUGCAAAUUUCAUGAUAAUUAGCAAAUAUUUGAAUUUUUGGGGGAAUUACUGCCAAAUUAACCCAAUAU